AUUUCCUGUGCAGAGUCAGAAAUUGACUCCAACAUGGGGCUCAAAACCUUCACCCACAGUUCAACCUCUCAUAGCCAGGAGAUGCUGGAAAAGCUAAACGCUUUACGCAAUGAAGGUCACUUAUGUGAUGUCACCAUCCGGGUCCAAGACAAGCUUUUCCAGGCCCACAAAGUGGUUCUUGCCUGCUGCAGUGAAUUCUUCCGCUCCAAACUGGUGGGCCGACCGGAGGAGGAGGACAAGUUUGUUUUGGACCUUCAUCAUGUGACUGUCAGUGGCUUUGCUCCUUUGUUGGAAUAUGCGUACACAUCUACCCUCUCCAUCAGCACAGAGAAUAUCAUCGAUGUCCUGGCAGCUGCAAGUUAUAUGCAGAUGUUUGCUGUGGCAAGCACGUGUUCAGAGUUCAUGAAGUCAAGUAUUCUGUGGAGCCCAGGUAACAACAACAACAAUAACAACAAUAUGACAUCAGAUAAACCACAUGAAUCAGCACAAGAGAGUGCCUCAUCAAACUGUGCCCUGACACCACUGGACGGCAGUGUGUCACCUGUGUCAUCAGACUGUAGCGUGAUGGAAAGAAAUGUUCCUAUAUGCCGUGAAUCUCGACGAAAACGCAAGAGUUUUGUAACAGUGGCAUCACCUGAGAGCCCUCUCAAAUGCACUACACAGAUGGUCACCACCUCCCCUCAGAUCCCCAACCCAUCCCCUUCAUUCUCAGACAGCACAGCCCAGCCUGUGGAGUCUUCCCUGGCGUUUCCAUGGACAUUCCCAUUUGGUAUUGACCGUAGGUUCCAUUCAGACAAAUCAAAACUCUCUGAGAGCCCUCGAUGUUUAGAGCAGGGCACUCCAGGGACCUCAGAGGUGGUGGUCAGCCGACGGCUGAGCGACUACCUGACAUGUGAAAGCUCCAAAGUGGUGUCGUCACCAGUGCAAGCAGAAGAGGAAGAUGUGAGGGUGAAGGUGGAGCGUCUCAGUGAUGAGGAGGUCCAGGAGGCAUCUUCUCAACCGGUCAGUGCCUCCCAGAGCUCACUGAGUGACCAGCAGACGGUGCCAGGGAGUGAACAAGUCCAGGAGGAGCUCCUCAUUAGUCCGCAGUCCUCCUCUAUAGGGUCGAUGGAUGAGGGCGUGUCUGAGGGCUUGCCUUCUAUGCAGAGCACCUCUAAUGCCGGAGGACAUGCAGAAGAUGAUGAAAGGUUGGAAGGUAUUCAGUAUCCGUACCACCUCUAUAUCAGCCCCUCAGCCCGGCCUGGCACCAAUGGCCCUGACCGGCCCUUUCAAUGUCCAACCUGUGGAGUCAGAUUCACGCGCAUUCAAAAUCUGAAGCAACACAUGCUCAUACACUCUGGCAUUAAGCCUUUCCAGUGUGACCGCUGUGGGAAAAAGUUCACACGGGCGUACUCCCUAAAGAUGCAUCGGCUAAAGCACGAAGGUAAACGCUGUUUCCGGUGCCAGAUUUGUAGCGCCACAUUCACGUCCUUCGGUGAAUAUAAGCACCACAUGAGAGUCUCCCGACACAUAAUCCGCAAGCCGCGGAUUUACGAGUGCAAAACGUGUGGCGCCAUGUUCACCAACUCUGGCAAUUUAAUUGUACACCUGAGGAGUCUGAACCAUGAGGCAUCUGAACUAGCAAACUACUUCCAGAGCAGUGAUUUCCUCGUACCCGACUACCUGAGCCAGGUACAGGAGGAGGAGGAGGCGCUGGGAGUCCAGUAUGAGUUGGAGGAGUCCCAGCAUCACCCUGUCUACCUGGGCAGUACCUCCACCUCCACCACCACUGCUGCCUCAUCCUCCUCCUCAGUCCAGAUGCCUGUCAUCUCCCAGGUCUCCUCCUCUACCCAGAAUUGCGAGAGUUCCUCCGGCUUCCUUUCACCCGAGCCCCUGGAUUCCCUUGAAGCCCCGGCCUCCCUCAAGGUGGACGCUGACGAGACGGCAGCCAUGACAGAGGAGAUCAAGAUGGACAACAGUGUAGGAGGCAGUUCCCCAGAGAUGUUUGAAGAAGAGCAACAGCAACAACAGCAUGCCCAGGUCAAGGAGCUGGCUUCCAUUACCAUAGAAUGAUUCAAGUCUUCUACUGGCCUACUGUCUUAUUUUAACAUCAUGUCAUAUGGGAAUAUCUGUUGGAACGCCUUGACAGCUAAAAAGGACAACUUGGAUGUGUGCACAUGUUGAAACUCAAACAUGUGAAGCCAUCAAGACGCUGUGAUUGAAAUUACCUGAAGACUUCAGUUGCCUUGAUGUUUUCCACAUGCAACACAGCUGCACUUAUGUUAGUUAGUUUUUCACCAAGUCAGAUCCAGCAAAGUAUAUAAUUUUCUUUGUUUUUUUGUAAUGGUCAUAUAAUUUCCUAAGCAUGACUGAAGCAAUUAUCUUGUUUGUGGACUGAGCUGUAAGUGGAUAAGGUUCAGUCCCUACCCAAACCCAAGUUUCAAAGUAUUGUUUGUCACCAAGAUUAGCAUGCCAACAGUUGUUGUUGUUGUUUUGUUUUUUGUUUGUUUGUAACUUUUAGGAAGGUUGCUUUUCCCCCCAUUUGACUUGAAUGCAGCACUAACUUAAGUCAUUUUUGUCUUUGCCAGUUUGAGGUCUGUUGUCCAAACAUUGCUCUAUUUUUGGAAAGUGCCUGAGAGUUCCCAUUUUAACAAAGUAACGUGUAGAGGUUGAAGAGAUCUUGACUUUGCAACAGUGGCAAUUCAAGAUUUCAUAAACUGAGCUGCAGAAAAAAACUUUUCAUUUGCAGUGAUAAUGCUAGUUUGUAUGGGCAGAGACUGUGUUAUUCCUUCAGUGCCAUCGCUAUAGGCAAACUGUUAAUUGUCAAUAUUAUCUAUAUUGAAAUAGCUUGUACUGUAGUUUUACUAUUUGAAUGCUGUGUAUGUUGGGUGUUGUGAAAUAUGAUAUGUCAGGCGUGUGUAUGUGCAUUUCCUUUUAUCAAUAUGAACAUAGAACUUUUCAUUUUUUAAAGGUUUAAAACUUGAAAUUAUAUCCACAGAGUAUUCCCUUAAGAUGCUUGUGCAGUAUCAGUUUUUUUGACCUAUUACAAGUUUUCUAUUUUUAAUGAACACUUGAUAGAUCAAACCUGAUCUAGGAGUUUAGAAAAAUCCAAAUAAGAAAGUAUGACUAAAAUUUCGAACCAGUUAGGUUUUCUCACAGUUGUGUCAUUAUAGCCUCAAAUGGGCUCGAAGAUAAGGCCAUUUAGCUUUUCAUCCUAGCUGAAGUUAGGUCUGCUUGUCAAGUGGCAGUUUUUCAGUCCUAAUCACAGUUUGUGUUGUAGGUAUUGGUAUCUGACAUGGCUUUCAAAUUAUGGUUGUGCUGCUUUACCAACAGGUAAACAUGUUCUUAAAUGUUGCAUGAUCGUUGAAGUGAUGUUUCACUUAGUCACUUCAGAAAAUAUUCAAACCGCUUCGCUUUUUGCACACUUAUAAAUGGAUGAAAUUUCCUUUUUUUUUCAUUUUAUUUGUCAUCAGUAAAGACAAAAGAAAAACAUGUUUUCAG